CUCUCGACUGAGUACUGAGCCUCCUGAGAGGCAAUUUAGGGGCCCCAACGGCCAGUGCGCCGUCGUUUCUGAGGUUAUGUGUGUUCGUGCGCAGUCUCGGCUGUUUUUUCGCCUGAUUUUCGGAAAGCUCCAAAGUCGCGCGUGCUUAAGUCAGCGUUAACGCCAGCCCAAUCAGUGCCCCCAGGUGAAACAAUCAGUGAUAAAAAAAAUCAGUACCUCGCGUUGUAUUGUGUGACUUGUGUGCGGACCCGCCUGUCGUGGAUGUACUUCAACGGUCGCUUGCGCAAACAUGGCGGACACCGUGAAAUCGAAAGAUCUUGGGAUACAAGUCCAGAAAAAAAUAUUUAGUCGUAUGGCAAAUAAAAAUGUUGCAAAGAUUCUAAUAGAUGAUGUUUCAUCGAACGUCCUAGACAAUUUACACAGGCUGGCUAAGUAUCAUAGCGGGAACAAGCGGGAAGCGGAGAAACUCCUGAAGAACAUCAUCAAGACGUUCAUAAAAAUCACGGUGCUGGACCGGAACCGGAGUUUCAGCGACGAGGAGCUGAAGCACGUCGAGCGGCUGAAGUCUCGCUUCCGCUCUGCGGCCAUGUCCGUGGUGAGCUUCUACGAGGUGGAUUUCAGCUACGACCGCAAUUAUCUGGUCUCCGUCCUGGAGGAGGCCCGCACGGCUCUAGUCAACCUCAUCGCGAGGCACCUCACCGACAAGUCCGUCGCCAAAGUCCACGUCAUCUUCGACUUCUUCUGCAGCCCCGGGUUCCUCGACAGGGUAUUUCACCGGGACUCGGAGCAUAGGCCUGUCCUCGGCGCCCUAGUCAAGGACCUCAACACGCUCUUGGACCAGGGUAACCUCUGAACCGGCCCGAAACACCCGUGGUGGCCGUGGUGAUCCAUGGAGAUGUAGGAUAUUGUAACGUCAACAAUGUACGCUAUCGAUAGGGUGCACUGGAAAAAAAAAAAACACACUGGAUCU